CUCCGCUCGCCUCACGUUGGCCACGGCGAGGUAAGCCACUUAGGCACUGUCGUGGGCUAUAACACUGCAGCGCGCGCUGCAAGGUUACCGCAGCGCGAUGACAUUACGACUCCCCCCUCUAUCGCGCCGAUCCCAACGCCACCUCCCCUUCUUCGUCCUCUGCCUCGUGGCGGCCACCGCUGCCGCGAUGCCGUGGGGAACGGGCGCGGCGGCGGAGACGACGGCUCAGAACCUCACUACAUAUGUGCCGGAGUGCACGCGUGCCUGCGUCGAGCAGAAGAUCCGCGACUCCGGGCUCUGCAGCGGACCCGACGACAGCGAAUGCCUCUGCACGAACAUCAGCCAAAUAGGGCCGGGCUCGGUGCCCUGUAGCCGGGACGCCUGCGCAAACGAGUUCAGCAACUCCACCGAGAUGGCGGCUGCGCUGAAGUCAGGGUACUUGGCAUUCUGUGCCAGAGUGUGGUCGUCUCCGAAUUCCCCAACCACAGGGCCCCCUUCUGGCUUUCCUUCUAAUUUUUCUUCCCUGCCUACCUCCGCGAUAACGCCCAGCGCCUCCUCAGACCCGAGCGGAAGUGGCAGCGGAGACGGUAGUGCUGGCGAUAACGACGGUAGCAGCGAUAGCGGCGGCGGUGGCGGCGUCAAUCUCAGCACGGGUGCAAUAGUCGGGAUUGCCGUGGGCGUGGGUGUAUUCGUUGUGUCCAUCACGGGCGGGUUGUUGGUAUUCGCCUUCCGUCUGGGUAGGAGACGCCCAGACUCGGAUCCGGCGGAUCCGGCCCUGAACUCGCCGCAGCACAGCAAUGGCGGAGAGGUGGGACGAGGAGGAGGAGAAGGGGGAGGAGGGGAGGGGCAAGGGGCGGUAGCCGUGGCGGAGGCAGGCGAAGAAGCAGAAGAGCCCAAACCGCAGUUGAGUGGCACGCCCCUGAAUGAGUUACAGGCCGAGUAUACGGUGGCUGGUUUCGACCCCCUCAAGGAGCUCGAGACGCGCGAGAGGCCUGCCGAGCUUAGCGCCGACCCCCCUUCUUACACACGCCACGACACGCGGAAUGGCAGUGGAAACGGCGAUCAUGACGACUGGAUGGGGGCGAUAGCUCGCAGCUAAUCAGCCAUGGUAUAACAAAUACACACAAAUACACAGCAAGGUCGACGACCCUUCUUGAACGUCCUCGCUACAUAUGAUGGCUCCCGCAGCGUGCAAUAUAAUCUCGCCAGCCGGAAACACCACGAAGCUAUCCCAAAUCUUGCGGGACUUCGAGGGUGAGGGGGGGGGUUCAAUAGUGAUCUUUUGGAUACCUAUCCGAGCGUCUGGAGAGCCGCCACCACUUCUCCUAUGACAUGGGUAAUAGUGGGUGGGCCUACAAAAGGGCUCAGGCAGAACCGGGAAGACGACAUAUU